AUGAAGAUAAGCAGCAACCUGUUGGGACUUCUCAACAUCCUCAUCUUCCUCGUAUCGAUUCCAAUCGUCUAUUUUGGGAUAAUUGCGAACAAGACAAACAGCGGAGGGGAGUGCCUCGACCUUUUAAGGAAGCCCUUCCUUGUAGUCGGCAUUUUCGUCAUGGUGACGUCAAUCUUCGGCAUAAUCGGGGGGUGUUGCCGGGUCCCUUGGAUCCUAUGGACGUACCUCGCCAUCAUGUUCCUCGUCCUGUUCGCCUACUUCUCCAUGUGGAUUUUCGCCUUCUUCGUCACUUGGAAACCAGGUGGUGGAACGGAGAUUCUUGGUACGGGGCACAUGGAGUUUAAGCUUAAUCGAUACACCGAGUGGAUGCAGAUGAGGGUUCAAGACGAAAAGAAUUGGAAGAAGAUCAAGCACUGUCUCAUUCUUGGCGAUUACUGCCCUAGUUUGAUGCCCGGAAAUGGCACUUCCCUCCGGGAUUUCAACAAAGAGGAAUUGGCACCAGUUCUGUCUAGUUGUUGUAAGCCAUCAGUCGAGUGUGGAUUUAGCUAUGAGAAUCCUAUCGUGUGGAAGAAGAAGAAUAACAGUGCUUCUUCCAACCCUGACUGCAAAGCAUGGGACAACGACCGAAAGGUUCUGUGCUUCAACUGCGAGUCUUGCAAGGCUGGAAUGCUGGAACAACUGAUAAUUUCUUGGAAGGCGAUGCACCUUUUCAGAACCCUAAUGCUUGGCUUCCUCUGUUUGGUGUACGCUGUUGCAUGCUGCGCAUUCAAAAACACCAGAGAGAAAUUCUGA